ACACUGUCUAUAUUUUUUCAAAAUGAGGCUAUUUCAUAUCUUAGAUUUUUGCAUGCUAUUCGCUGCGUUGAUUCGCGCGAAUCCCAUCGAAGACUCCAUCAAACAAGUUGUUGAAUUCACAAUUCUCCACAAUAAUGAUAAUCACGCGAGAUUCGAGCAGACGAAUAAAUAUGGCGCAGUAUGCACUCAGAAAGAUGCGAACAUGAAUAAAUGCUUCGGUGGCUUUGCAAGGGUAGCACAUGUAGUGCGAAAAUAUCGCGAGGAGGCUAAGAAUGGCGGUACUCCCGUAUUAUACUUAAAUGCAGGUGAUACAUUCACCGGAACUCUUUGGUUCACAAUCUUUAAGGAUAAAAUUGCUAGCACUUUUCUCAACAAACUUCAACCGGAUGCGCUGUGUCUAGGGAACCACGAGUUUGAUAACGGCAUCGAAGGGCUUGUCUCAUUUCUGGAGGAUAUAAACGCUCCAGUUGUUGUGUCGAAUUUGGACUAUUCAAAGGAACCCGACCUGGUUGCCACUAAUAAAUUGAGCAACUCUACAGUUCUGGAGAUUAACGGGUCUAAAAUUGGCAUAAUAGGCUAUCUGACGCCAAAAACCAAGCAGGACUACAUCAACAAUGUAGAAUUCAAUGAGGAAAUCACAUCCAUAAAUGCUGAGGCUGCAAAGCUAAAGGCACAGGGGAUCAACAUUAUCAUUGCCUUGGGUCACUCGGGAUACCAAAAGGAUCAGGAUAUUGCCAGAGAUUGUCCCGAGGUGGAUAUAGUCGUUGGUGGUCAUACGCACACCUAUUUGGACGCCAAUCGACCUGUUGCAGACAAGAACGACGCCAAUCCUGAAGCAGUGCGAGGACCCUAUCCGACCACAGUGGUUCAGAAGAGCGGAAAGAAGGUUCCUGUGGUUCAGGCCUACACCAACACAAAGUAUUUGGGCAAGUUGCAAGUGAAGUUCAAUGCGGAUGGAAACUUAAUUGAAUUCGCUGGUGAGCCAAUUCUGUUGAAUGCCUCAGUAGCACAGGAGCAAGAUAUGCUGGAUUUACUGGAUACUUUACGUCCAAAUAUUACGGCCAAGGGAAAGCAAGUUAUAGGCCGCACUAAGGUACAUCUCGAGGGAGGUAAUGUGUGUCGCUGGCGAGAAUGCAAUCUGGGUAAUUUGAUGGCCGACUCUAUGGUCUACUCUCGCAUGUUGGAAAGCAAGGGCGGCGAGUAUUGGACUGACGCAGCCAUUGCUCUGAUACCGGGUGGCGGCAUACGCACUUCCAUCAAUAAGAAUGCUAAUGGCUCCAUAACUUAUAGAAACAUGGCUGAAACGAUUCCCUUUGAGAAUCGUCUGCUUGUGACACGCAUUAGCGGAAAGACUCUGCUCAAUGCCUUGGAGCACUCAGCGUCUGUUCGGAACAAAGACUCCAACGGUGGUUUUCAACAAUUAUCUGGCAUCCGUGUGGAGUACAACUACGAUAAGGCUGAGGGACACCGAGUAACUUCCGCUCUAGUACUCUGUGCCCAAUGCAGUGUUCCUUCCUACAGCAAACUCAAUGAAACGGAAUACUACAACGUUAUUGUGACCGAUUUUCAUCUGAAUGGCGGAGAUGGAUAUAAACUCAUCGAAAAGCAAGAUCAGUUCACUGAGUUAUUGGAGAAAGAUGAUAAGGGUGCUCUACAGCAGUACCUAGAGGGUCACAGCUUUAUUUAUACCGGGAUGGAGAAUCGCAUUGUUAUAACAAAAUCAUAGAUUAUUCUCAAGAAAUGCUCAAUAAAUAUUCAUUUCUAUUUCCACUAUAUCUAUA